AUGGAAGCAAAUAUCCAGCUCAUGAGAGUUAUCCAGGAAAUGCGGGCAGAGAUCAGUAAGCUGGAGAAAGAGAAUCAAGCCCUCCGGACGAAGCUGACUUCAAGUAGUCAGAGAACCCCAGGCUCAGGGGGAAAAUCAGGAUAUGAGAAGGAAGAGGAAGUCACAGACCUCGGUAAAUUUGCAGAAGUGCCUGGACAAUCUCCAGCAGCCCUUCAUGGUGGUGUUUCCACUGGUACGUCCCCAGCUGUGAGGGAACACCAAGGCAAUGUCAUGAUUGUUAGACGCUAUUCCAUUUCCUCACCAACUCAUUUGUUAGCUGCAAAUGAUCCUUGGAAAGCUGGGAAAAAACAUCCAAAUUGUGGAAUUCUAGAAGCUCAAAAAACAGUCAAAUCACUGGCAUGUUCUUCAAUUAAGAAGCAAGACAACGAAGAAAAGAUGUUUGCCCCAGAUUCUUUUACUAGCAAUGGUUCCAGCCAAAGAGGCUUUCCCAAGCAUGCUUUUGAUUUUCUCUUGGCUAAGUUGAUGAGUCAUCAGCUAAAAGAUGAACAGCAAGACACUUCCCUAGCAUUCAGAGCUGUGUACUUUACCUGGAAAGAAGAGGAAAAAGAGAAAGAGCAAGAAGGAAGAGAAACCUCCCCAUGA